CGCGAAUCGGCCGCCCCCGCCCCCUCGGCCCCGCCCCCACACCACAGCCCGAGCUCGCUCCUGCGCUUGCGCUCUCCCGGACCCGAGUGAAUAGUCCUCGCGCCGGUGGGAUACGGCGGUGAGUGCGUUUCCCCUCGCCUCCAGCCUCCAGGAGGUUCCCGGCGCCUCAGGCAGCUGCAGCUCCGAAGCGGCUGCCACCGCACCUGGGCAGUCUGGACCCUCGUGCCCUGUUCCCGGGGCCUCGCGCGGUGGGAGCCCCGGGACACCCCUGCGGGCCGGGUGGAAGAGGAGAAAGAAGAAUAAGAGGAAGACGUGGACCAGGAUCCCCAACCUCCCCACAACACCUGGCCUCUCCGCUUCCACUUCUUUCACACAAGGAGAGAGGAGCCAGCGAGAGCCAUGGGGGGCUGCGAAGUCCGAGAAUUUCUUUGGCAAUUUGGAUUCUUUUUGCCUCUGAGGACAGCUUGGCCGGGCUACUGUAGUCAUGUCUCCAACAACCAAGGUAACAUGGGUCUACCUAGUGGGAUGGCAUCUCCACAGCAGAUUCACAGAGAGAAAGGAAACCAGACUUUGUCGUGUGUCCUUCCUGCCGGCCGGGAGCGGACAUCGACAUUUGGAGGCCCGCCCGGGGACUGAUCACCCCCGAGACGUGGAAGUGGACAACGCUCCAGUACAGAGCUGCGAGACAGGUGAGUUGGGGAUAAGCCUGGGCUCUGGGUGUCGCGCACCUACAGGGCUUUUAGACUCCCCUCAGGCUCACGCGUAAGUGGCGGAUUCCUUGGGCCUCACGCGGUGAGUAACAUAUUAAAAGAUGGGAAACAUGUUAGGUAGCAACACUAAGAGCGAGGGUGGUUGUGGAGAAAGCUCUCAAGAGCUUACAAAAGUACGCAGGGUAUCUGAGCAGGCCCAGUCAGGGAGCUCCCGAGAGGGGUCCGUCAAGGGGAACAAGGAUGCUAAGGAGGAGGACGGGGCUCUAGCCUCGGAGUCGUCUGACUCCGAGGACGAGGGAAAGUUGAAUGGCAAGGGGGCCAAAGAGACCAGCUGUCAGGAGCCUAAGUCGCUCAAUAAGGAGUCGCAGGGUUCUUUUCCAGCGUUGCCCCGCGAAUUGCGCUCUGCUCAACCUGGUCUGCGGAGGAGUAGAGAGCUCCUGAGCGCUCCCCGGCGCGAGAGGGAGGCGAAGCCUUCCGCCCCACCUUGGGGGCCGUUUCCUGAGGCGAUUCCUCGCCACGAGGCGGCCGCCUGGGAGCUCUCUCCCCUUUCGCCAGAACAGGAAGUGAUGCACGGGCCCCCAUUUUCCGCCCAAUCACGGCCGCUGUCUUAUGCUCCGCCGCCGGCGGGUCGGUAUUUUUACAGGCGGCUUUGGCAGGGGGGACGCUUGUCUCAUGAGGUACAUCCACCUGGGAUAGAUAGUGGCCCCUACGAGAUAUUCCCUGUACAAGUAGCUAUGGGCCAGGGACGCAAUGUAUGGGAGCCUUUUGAGAUAAAGCAGAUUAGAGAACUUAAAAAUGCAGUUACAACCUUUGGGCCGACUGCGCCUUACACCAUUGCCAUGCUGGAGAAUCUGUCUUCUGGGCCCCUCACCCCCGCGGACUGGAUUCAGCUGGCAAAGGCGUGUCUGCCCUCGGGCAGUUACCUGGAUUGGCGAGCCUGGUACGCAGAGUUCUCUGCCGAGCAGGCUGAGAAAAACGCCGGUCGAGGAAAUGGGGGCUGGGGAUUUAGCUCAGCGGCAUAAGCGCUUGCCUUGCAAGCAGGCAGUCGUGAGUUCAAUCCCUGGUACCGAUAAAAACAAAAAAAACAAACAAAAAAAAAAAAAGAUAAAAAUAAAAAAUAAAAAAUAAAAAACAAAAAGGGGGAGUAAGCCAAGGCCUGCCUCCAAAGGCGCGGUUAUCUAUGACAGGACAAUGGAUGGGCCCGGAUCCAGUGGUCAGCUGGAACCGAGGCGCGGUUUGUGUUUUCCCACAGGAACCGGGACGAGAACCACUGUGGAUACCGGAGAGACUGACACGGGCAACAAAGCCCUCGACUGAAGAUCAGACCUGCCCUACUGGAGAUCCAUCACAGACCAACCAACAAGAUGAAUAGAAAUAGCAGUAGCCCGAAAUGGACAAGAAGAUCCUCAGGCAUAUGCAUGGCUUGCUCAAUUGGCCCACGACCGAGUCUAGAUAUGGCGGGCAUCCCUCAUUCUCCUCCAUAAGGUGACAAUACACAGCAGGGUAGGUGAGUCAAUGACGGGUAAGAGCGUGCCUCCCCAGCACGACUCGACCUAAGCCAGGCCCUACCCCAUCCUGCACGUAAGCCGCUGGACUGUUAGAUGCUGCCCAGGUCUAAAUUUCUCUCCGAGGGGAUUUCUUUACGGAGAGGAAAUGAGUGCAAGCUUGUGUGCAUCCAGGUUCCAUCCAGUUUGUGCCUGGCCCUAGAAAAAGGACGAGGGCCUCAGGGCCUUGGCAGACCAUGGCAUGGCCAACCAGGGUCUAAGCCAAGGACCUACGGUGGGCCUACACAUAGGGCAUAAGCCUCUGCACCCAGUCCAGGAAGGGCUACGAUGCGCACAUUCAUAAAAAAUAAAAUAGGGGGAGAUGUUGGGAGCCGCGUCUGUGAUAGCUCGCCUUGCGCGGCGGACGUGCGGCCUGUAGGAAAGAGCAAAGCCUGAGGUAGAUUGCCCCUCCCAUCGAAUAUGUUAGUUUCCUGCUUACCGCGUAAACAACCCGCUCAACAAUAUAGUCUGCCUGGCAACUGAUGAUGUUAGCCAAUCAGCUUGCCUUGCUUACUUUAACAUGAUUGGACACUGUACCCGUAUAUAUACCGGCGCCACCCCUGGGCGGAAGUAGAAGCCAGGUAGAAGCCCAGAAGUAAAAGCCCAAAAGGAGCCGCGGAGAGCGGACCGGUAGAGGCUUUGGGGCAGACUGAAGCACAAAAGGAGCCGCGGGGAGCGGACCAGAGGAGGCUUCAGCUGGGAGAACCCAGGGCAGGCUGUACGGAGAAGGAAAAUAAAAAGAAAAGGUUGUCCACUACCAGACUUUGUCGUGUGUCCUUCCUGCCGGCCGGGAGCGGACAUCGACAGGUGAAGUCACACAUUAGUAAGUUACCUAUAGAUUUGGGAAUCAGUGCUAGAUUCUUACCUUGCAAUUUAUUAACACAGCUAGCAUUUAUUAAAGAUACUAUACUUGGUUCUGUAUUUGGGAUCUCUCUCUCUCUCUCUCUCUCUGUCUCUCUCUGUCUCUCUCUCUCUCUCUUUUCUGUCUCUCUCUCUGUCUCUCAUUAGGCUACAAGUAGUUACAAUCAUUUCAGACAGAGGAGAAUGAAGCACAAGGGCAUCAGGAGAACCUGUGAUAGAAUGUUGAGGACAGAGUGGUAAAUGGCUGGGACAGGUGGAGACUAAGGAGUGAGACAGAAAAUUCAGGAAGAGACCUGGGCUUGAGUCAAGACUUGAUAGUAUUGAAUGGUAUGCUAAGUCCUCUACCCUGAUAGCCAGAAGUUCUCAGUCACUUUGGGUAUCUUUGAAAAAAUAACCAUUGUUAGGUACAGCGCAGAUGUACCACUGUAUUUCGAAAAUUUACUCAUUUUUAAAAUGUUAUUAAGUAUAUAGUAGGCACUUAAUAAAUAUUGAUUUACCUUAAAAGUAAUGCUUUGUUGGUUGUUAGUCAUCUCAAAAAUUUUUAAUUAUUUCAGUGACGUGAAGGGGAAAUUUAUUUUUUGUUACUGAGACACCACUCUGUGGGGACUAUACUACAAUCCCCAAAAUAUUAAAGAGUUAUAGUGAUAUGUAUUGAUGAUUCACUGAUAAACAUCCAGAAGAUCAGUCAUUUGUUGAGCAAAAUGUGUGUAUUGCUUUCCCAUCUUCCAUGUUGCCCUAAUGAAAGUCAUAUUGAUUUUUUUCUCAUUGAAUUUGACAGCUUAGUUAUUUAUUUCCACUUCCAAUAUAAAAUGAGCAUAUUACCUGGUUUUCUUGAUGAUGCUUCAUACAGAUGUAAGUGUUUCCUUAGUGCCUCAAAGAUAAUAAAAUUAUUCUUUAAAAUGUGUUAUCUAGAAUAUGAAAUUUAAAGUACAUGAUUCCAAGGUUAAUUAAAAAAACAAAAAAGAUGAUAAUGAUAAAGAGGAAGAGAAAAAUUCAGAUACUAGAAAGAAGGAAUGAACCCACUCACCCACAAACUGAAAGUCCGUUAUACUGAUCUUUAAUACAAUUUAUGUGUUGACAUCAUAUUGACCUAAUUGUAAACUAUUUUAUUCAAUUAUUAUAACUUUCUUUGCUUUGAUAUCACCAAAAUAUAUUCAUGUAUGGUUUCUAAUAUGUGUAUUAUUAUAUACACCAAAUUGUUAAUUCUUCAAAUUCUUAGUUGUGUGUACCAAAUUCUAUAGUAAAUAAAGGUCUUAACGGUAAAAAAAGUUUACAUUUUUAUUAGAAAAGUUUUCUGAGCAAUGCUGUGUUAAUUUUAAAAACUUACUAUUAAAACAUAAAUUGCAUUUACCUUUAUGUGAUACAGUUUAAACAUUUUGACUAUUUUGGAUCUUUUGUCAUGGUAAGAUGCUACUGAUUGAUGUUUCAACCCCUUUUUUCAGUAAGAUAGUGCUUUCUUUGUAUUUGCUAUUGAAUGAGUGACUUGGACAAUUGGUGUAUAAUAUUAACAGUUUAAAGGCAGAUAGAAAGCCAGAUGUUAGCAUAAGUGUGAUUUAUAAUUGAGUAAAAUGAGACCAAGGAAUAUUACAUGUCUUCACAGUAGUCACUUAGCCAUUGUUGGCAUUUUACAAUCUCUACAAGAACACUGAAUUAUAUGAAUUUACUUACAUGUGUAUUACACUUUAUAUGUGACAGAGAAUGAAUUUUCAUUGAAAUCAAUGAAGUCAGUUCAUUUUACCAAUAACAGUUUAUUGGCUUAUGACAAGUCAUUUAAUUAUCCCACUUCUCUAACAAAUGUGAUAGGCUAAAUCUUGUCCUGUCAUUUGUAAGUGAAAGUGCAUAAUUUUUACAGGGAAAUUAUGCACAAAUAUCAAAAUUUCAUUAUAUUAAUAAGUGUCAAUAAUUAUUUCUCACAGUACUUAUAUAAACUCUGUCAUGCUGUCUGUGAUAAAGGUAAAUUAUAUGAAAUGAACAUUGAAAUACAGUGUACAGAUGGACUGUUUUGUUAAACUUUAUCACUGUGUGAGCUAUGCAGUACUUUCAAGUAGCUUUCAUCUGCCUCAAAUUUCCCCCCAAACAGAAUAGUCAAAUAGUACAUCUGUAAUUCUCUCAAUAUUCAAAGUUGCUUUGCUCAGUAAUUUUACUAAUGAAUGGAUAGUAUUGAGCAAAAUCUUUUAGGCCAGUAAUAAACCAAAUUCUACUAAUUCAUUAAAAUAAUAGGAAAACAUAAGAAGAAGCUUAGAGGAAAAAAAUAACCUUUUUCUCAGGCAGGAAACAAACAGACUAAUUAGACUGACUCUGAUCUUUUUGUGGCCUGGAGCAAAUAUUUUAGUCUCUUGGAGCCACCAUUUCCACCUUGGUAAAAUGCUGGUAAUCCUUAAUUAUUCUGUUUUACAGGAUUUUAAUAGUGUUGAAAUAUUCUUUGUCAAACUGUUUUGAAAAUUGUGAAGUACCUCACAAUUGCAUUAUUUCAUUUGGUUUCCCAGCAGUACUGGGACAUCUCCACACAUUGUUGAUCAAAUCAUUUAAUCAUUCAUUCCACAUUUACUGAACAAACAUUAAUUGAAUUCCAGAAGCUGUGAUUCAUGUUAGCAUUAAACAUCAAGCCAUUCUGCCUCCUUCUUGAGUCAAAAAAAAAAAAAAAAAAAAAAAAAAAAAAAAAAAAAAAGCAAAGAAAAGGAAAAGAAAGAAAAGAAAAGACAUGUGAUCUAGGGGGCUGGGGAUUUAGCUCAGCGGCAUAAGCACCUACCUUGCAAGGAGGCAGUCGUGAGUUUGAUCCCCAGUACCGAUAAAAAAAAAAAAAAAAAAAGAAUGAGAUGUAAGCUAGAAGGGCAGGCAAGCUGGAUUGCACUGUGAACACAUUAGCCAGACAGUGAGCCUUGGUUUGUGCUUCCAGGAGAAAUAAUCUGACCUUGUGUUACCAAAUUUAAAUAGGGCAGAAAGGGAAAAGGAAGUUUGCUCUUGCAAAUUGAAUACACUCACUAAUUCCUCCUUUCCAUGAUAGGAGGUAAAUGUCAUUAUUGUGUCCCCUUUUAUAACUGAGGAAACUGAGUCAGACAGGGCUUAAAUCAUUUGCAAGGAAAUGCAGAUGAAAUAAGAGCAUAGAAAGAAGAGCAUACUAUGUAUUCAUCAUUCUUCUGUUAGUGGAAGAAAUGCUUGACACAGUUUAAAGGGAAAAAAAAAAACCUCAACAGUUUUGGUUUACAGUUUCAGAGGUUUCAGUCCAUGGUUGACCACUGUUUGCAGAGCAGAACCAUCAUGAUGGAAGGGUGUGGCAGGAGAGGGCUGCUUCCUCUGUGGCAGCCAGGAAACAGAAUGAGGGAAGAGCCAUAGACAGGAGGCCGUGUACCAGAUGCAGGACCCAAUCACUGGCAAGUGUACUGUUCUUUUUUUCUCAUAAUUUAUAUUUUAAAGGGAACAAAACCAAGGAAAAUAAACCAGAAUAAAGCCAAUCAAAACAAAACAGUGUAAGGGAUACAAUUUCAAAAUAAGAUAGUAAGAAAUCAACAGCAGUUACCAUAAUGCCUCUUAGAGUUUUCAAAACAAUUACCUAUAAUUUCAGAUAUACUCAAAUAAAAGAAAACAAAAUAGAACCAAUGAAAACAAACCAAUGAACACAAUAAAGUAUUUCAAGCUAUUAGUACAUCCAAAAUAGCUACCAUAAUAUGUCUUGUUAUCGUUGAGAUAGCUGCCCAUGCCAUCAGAUACAAUAAAAUCAAACAAGAUAAAACCAAACAAAAUAAUGAAAAUGAUACAGGACUUCGACAGUGAUAAUAGGGAAUUGGGCCAUGGCUACUGCCUUCAGAAGGAGAUGACCCAUAGAUGCUACAUUGUGUAUUGUUAUGUUCUGAAAAGAUGAUCAGAUUACUGGCUUUAGGCCUGCAAGUCAGUGAAAUACUGAACACUACAAGCAGUAAGUUAUAUUUUACCUCAGUAGCUAUCAUCACAUCCUGUAUUUCUUUGGAUCAGCAGGUUGCUUAUGAAGGAGGGGCAGGGGAAAACAUUGACUCUUCUUGUCUCCCUGCCCACAUACCAGAAGGGGCCGGCAUCUAGUUCACCCUGCAGUGACCACAUAUGGCACUGACUCACAAGAAGUGCUUGGUUCUUUAUUGGCUUCUUGUUCCCUUCCCCCAUGCUCUGUAAAUGGUGCUGACUCACAGGAAAGGGCUGGCAUCUGGUUCUCCUGCAGUGGUCUGCACAUGGUGCUGACUUGCAGGGAGAGCUUGGCUUCUUGUUCUAGUGUACUGUUCUAAACAUCUCUCAAACCAGUCAAGUUGAAAGUCAUGAUUAGCUUUUACAUACUGGGGCAUCUAAACUGGCCAAAAAGGGAGGAAAUAAAGGUUGUAAAGGUCUGGAGUUGGAGAUGACUUGCUAUGGCAUCAUAUAGUAAAUAUAGUUAUGUCCUGCACACUCAAACCUUCAUACAUGGAAAUAGCCUUUUAAAUUAAAAAGUUCAAAUUUCAUGAACACAGUGAAGAAAUAUAUAGCCUAGUUAUUGUAAUGCAGUAUGUUAAUUAUUUGCUUGUAAGAAUAUGCACAGGAUGAAGUAUAGGGUGACUUACUUUCUGUGUGGAGGAGUCCACAGAAGUUUUCUACAGGAGAUAAUGUGUGUGCAGUCUUGGAUGACAUUGUUCAUGAGAGCCAGUUCAUUGUUCAGAGAGCCAGCAGAAAAGGACUUUUGCGAAUGAUUCAAAGAAAUACUAACAGUGAAAGAGGUUGGUGAUUCUUUGAAAGUACAACUAAUUUGGUAUAGUUUUCUUAUGGAGGGGCAAGAAGGAUUGGAGAUAGGACAGCAAUUGAAAAAUGAGGGAAUCCUGAGAAGCCUUUUUGGUCAGCAUGCUUCAAUAAUAUUGUGCUUUUGGAUUCCUUAUAUUCUAAUAAGAUGUCUUCAUUACUUUUAAAUAACAGCUUAUCUAAUGUUGGUGCAUGAUAGUUUUAGAUAAAGACAUGAUUACUGUAAAGAGGAAAUCAAAAUAUAACGUUUCAUUUUAAAUUUCAGAAUUAAUAGUUUUAAAUGAACUAAGUAAUACAUAGAAUUUUCUAUAAUUCCUGUGUACAUUUUUCCAGUUAAAAUGUUUCUACUUUAUAUUAAUAUUGCAUUUUUAUAUCAAUAUUAAUGUUUUAAUAUUUCAAAUUUGGACUAAACUCAAUGGCCUGUGUUUAUGGUGUUCAUAUCUAUUUCUAAGUGAUGAAAUUAAUAAACUUUCAGGUGUUUAUCUGAGAAUAACAUAAUUUGGUAUUGAAAUCCCUUCCCACCAAAUAAGUGGUUAAUACUGCCUUUUCUGUAAUUUAUCUUUUUAAUGUGACUUUAUAUUUGCUAGUUUUCAUGAUUCAUACUUUAAUUAGUGGCCAUUUGUGGGUGAAUUUGUAGUACUGUGUGACUGAGAUCAUUUUCACCCAGCCCCAUGGUUCCUGACCGAGACAGGCUGUCUGAGGAUUCACUUUAUCUGAUUUGCAGGCUGUGGCCUCCAUGUUAAAGGGAAACUUUAGAUUCUUUCUAUGAAUGUAUUUAAAAGCUAUAAAAUAAAAUUCAAAAUGAGAAGGAUUUUUUAAGGUUAUAAAUUUAAUUUUCAGUGUUCUCUAGAUACACAAGGGUCUUGGAGAACCAUUGUUAAAAUUAAUUAGAAAAAAUAAUAGAUUUUAGAAAAUAAGAAUGUAAUGUAAUUCAUAUUUUAUAAUGUCUUUUCCACAGGCUGUGGAGACUAGGGUCAGAGAUGCCAGUUAAAAAUAGUUGUGGUAGACUAGGAUAAGAAAACAAAGAUUUCUGAGAAACUCUUAAGCUUGAUUAAGAUCUGGUAGAUUGGUAUAGUAAUUGUUGGGUAGGUUGUUUUUAUUCCAGACCCUUAGGAAUUUGUGAUCAAAGCAAAAUCCUAUUGUCAUGUUUUUGGGAAAAGAAGAAUUAACUCAAAUUUAUUUAUUAAAGUGAUUAUUCUAGGGGAUAGGAGUAUAGCUUAGUGGCAAAGUGCCUGCUUGGCAAGUGUGAGGUCAUGAGUUUGAUUCCAGUACCAAAAAAAAAAAAAAAAAAGUUUAUUGUUGCAGCAAGAUGACAAACAGUGGUUGGAAAGGGCAGCAGUUGACAAACAGGGAUGAGUUAGGACAUCACUGUCAUUAUCAAUGAGUGACAUUCUGCCAAGCAAUUGCAGUGAUUUAGAAUAAGGUCAAUGGACAUUACAGGAUCAUAUGCUGAGUAUGACCCUUCCAGAAGUGUCUUCCUACUCAGCUCCUAGCUGAUUUUCCUGGAGCUCAUCUCAUGUUAAAUCUGACCACCCAGGAAGACUAAGUGCAGUUGUACCACGUGUCCCUUCCUGGAACAUGCAGUUCUCUGUUUAUUUUGUGAGGAACAAGAGUGAUUUCCUCAGAGUAUUCUAGUAGUAACCAGAGAGCUAAUGUAAUGGCCUCUUAUACAUUCUUAUCUCGACAGAUGAAUGGAUUUCUAAAUUUAGUGCAAGUGAACAAUUAAAUACUAUGCUGAAAAUCAGUCAUAGGCAACAAUGUGGAUGACAUUAGACUAUGUUCAGUUAUAUUAAAUAAGUUAGGCAAAGAGUAACAAAUACUCUUUGCCUAUACAUUCUUAUCUCUUGGUGGUAAGAAGGGGUAUCUGUUUCAUCCUCUACCUUUGAUCUGUUCAGAAUAUUCUUCCUCUCUUGAUUUUUUUUAAAGAGAAAUGCCAUAAAAAUGCUGUUUUCAUCUCUGUUAGCUCAGUAUGUCAGUGGUCCAAGCCACUUUCACAGUAUUUUUAAAAUGUGCUUUGUUGCUCUGGAUCUUGGACUCCUUGGAAGCAUAAGUUAUGGCAACAGACUUAGCAUUCUGGGCAAAGUAUGAAAGUAAAAGCAGUGCUGGAAAGAUGCUAAGGAGCAGACAUAGCCCGUGGGCUGUCUCCUGGCUGUGUGUGGCGUGGCACUAAGAAUUUCUCCCUUAAUCAGACGCGGGCCAGUCUUUGUGGUUGAGGAGGGAAAUGGAGUCACCAUGCUCUUGGCCUCACUGAGCUGAAAAUGCUGGAAAACAGUUUGUGUUUCAAAAUUUCAAGGAAAUCUUAUCAGAGCUGGAAAAGAGAAAGAGAGAAAAAGUAAAAGAAAUUGGCAGUUAUUAGUUCUAUUUGUACAAUGUUUCUUGCUUUCUUAUACAAGAUUGAAUUGAAUUUUCUGGCUGCCUCUGUAGUUGGAUGAGGUUGCAUUCUUAGUCUGGCCAGGGAGUUUCAGUCAGAAGUAAUGUGUAUGCUCUCAUUAUCAGUGUGACACUCUCUAGAGGCUCAGGUUCUAUCUUCCUUGGUGACCAGCAGCUAUCAAGCUGGUGGCUCCUUAUUCAUCUGUUGUUUCUGAGUAACAUGUCUGCCUCAGUGGAGAUGUCAUUUCUGGAAAAAAUUAACAUCUAUAGUUUAAGUCCAUUGACCUUUGUCUUUUUUUAUGCAACAUACAUGUCCUACUAAAUAAUUUGACUCCAUACUUACAAACUCUUUGAUCUUUUUAAUAUGUUAGGUAAAGUCUAUUAUCAUUGUACACUAAUGGGCUUUUCUCAUAAGGACAGUAGUUUAGCACCAGAUUCUGAUAACACUCCAAGAAGCCUUUUCUCCUACCACCACUGCUGAAAUUAAUUCUGUCUGUGAUUCUUACCAUCAGUCACUCCAGAAUAAAAGGCUGGAGCCUUUUAGUUGAUAGUACUUUUAUAACAUGUACCUAUUUUAGAGCUGCUAAAAGCCAGGAGAGGAAAUAGCUACCCUUUUUCAGAUUCUCUAAUGACAGGUAGACUUUCAUCUAUCCUGAGAUUUCACUUUAGCACAAUUCUAUUAGUCUAGGCUUAAAGGCAUAAAAAUAAAAAUAAAUAUAUUUUGUUUUAAUUUUAAAUAACAGUUCGUAUAAACUGUUAAAACUUACAGGGUAAAAUGUGGUGUUUCAAUGCAAGUGUACAUUGUAGAAUAGUGGCUUCAAAUUUGAUGUACUAAUUAGUAUAUGUGGCAUUUUAGAUGUCUAUUAUUUCUUUACUGUGUGAACAUUUAAAAUCCAUUAUUUCAGCUACAUUAACUGUAUUUGCCAUGCUGUGAAAUGGAACACCAGAGCUUACUCUUUCUACGGUAACUGUACCUACUGCCUAAUAUCUCCACAUUCUUCAUCUACCUCACAUCUAACUCCCACCUACCGCCUUUCUACACUUGUAUGUCUCAGAAUUGGUGUUGAUUACACAUAUAAAUGAGAUGGUGCAGUAUUUGUUACUCUUUGCCUAACUUAUUUAAUAACUGAAUAUAGUCUAAUUUCAUCUACAUUGUUGCCUAUGACUGAUUUUUCAGCAUAGUAUUUCAUUGCUCACUUGCACUAAAUUUAGAAAUCCAUUCAUCUGUGGAUGGACACUGCCUUGGUUACUUUUCUCUUGUUGCUGAGACAAAAUACCCAACACCCCAAAUUAAGGAAGGGAAGGUUUAUUUAGCUCACGGUUUGUGGAAAUUUCAGUCCAAAAUCAGCUGGCUCCCAGGCAAGAUGGUAACAAUUCAGUAAGGCAAAGUUCAAGAUGACAGAAGACAGCAAUGCAGCAAGAGCAAAAGGGAUGAAAAAGUUUCUUUUCCUGCCUUAUAUUAUACACAGGUCUCUCCUGCCAUCCCCAGGGUAGGUUUUGUUCACAAAAUCUCCUUGCCCUCCUCUUGCAUAGGAUGAGUCUAUUUAAAAAGUAAGGCCUCUGGCUGUUUGUUGAAUAAUGUAAACUUCUAAGCUUCUCAGAUAGAUACAGUGUUUCAACAACAGCAGGCUCUUAGAUUGUUCUGCAUAUUGGCUACUUGUGAGUAGUACUGUGGUGAAACAUGGUAGUACAGACAUGUCUUUCACAGAUUUUAGUUCCUUUUUUGUAUAGAACCCCUAGUGGGACUGUUGGCAAAUCUUAAAGCCCUACAGAACCAGAAGUGCUAUUAAGUGUCACACACAAAAAGUGGCGAACUUCAUCCCAGAAAUCAGGAUGAAUUAAUGAAGUUGAUGUAUGUAAGAAGCAGAAGCAUGUCCACUAAAUCAAGAACAGGUGCUAGCUGUCUUUCCUUGCUAUUUAUAUUUUGUAACCGUGUGGGAGGACAAGGUUGAGACCUGUGUUUUAUGACAGAAAAUUUGAAAACGAUGCUGUUCUCCAGAUGAUUAUAUCUGAGAUUAUAUCCAAGCUUCAUUUCCCUCUGUAACCUGUCACUGUUUCUUUAGCACUACAUUUUAACUCUAAUUUUGUAAGCAGAAUCAGAUUAAAUUUAGAUUAGAGUGCACCCUAAACUUAAAAUUUAUACUAACAUUCUCCAUAUAAAUAGUCCAAUUACAUAUGGGGGUAGGUACUAAGAUUUUCUGAUCCCUAACUGGUUAGAUUUUCCUGAUUAGUUAACAUUUUAGGUGGAAGCUGUUCUGUUUUCAGGGUAGUGGAUGUUUACUCCUGAUAAAUUUUUAAAUAUCUAAAUCAGCUUUUCUCUACACUGAAGUAUUCAACUUAGUGUCUUUAAAAUAUGGUGCAAACAAAAAAAUUUAAAAUGGGACUCAAAACCCUAAUUCAAAACUUGAGACUAGUUUAGUCAUGGUAGAACUCAUAUGUGGCUUCUAGUGAAUAUCUGCUGGUGCAGAAGAUUUCCUUUGUUCACAUUAAUACAUGUCAUCCAUCAGCUUUUCAGAGUAAGCUAUUUUUACAUGGGCUUAUUACUACUCUUCUAAGUUUGCUAAGAAAAUAUGAUAUGGAAAAGUGGAAUUGGAUGGAAUUGUCUUUCUCAAGUUGGAUUUGUUAUUUUAGUUAUUUAAAGGAGAGGGGUUUUUUUGGUACCUUGAAAGGGAAAGGGACUCAAAGCUUGAUCUUCAACUAGAAAUGAAUGUUGAUGGAAUUAUUUUGGAUCUUGAUACUUGAGAGAGUAUAGGAGGACACAAAAUAUAUACUGGAUGACACAUGUUCAUUUAAAAAACACAAAUUAUAAAUUCAGAAUGUUUAUAGAAGUUGGUUUAAGGAAGUCAGGUUUAUGAUAUUUUCAAUUUUGUGAUAGUAUUCUGUCAGUGAGGUGGUGGUAUAUAAUAGCAAAAGCAGUAAUGCUAUUCGAUGUUACUUUUCAGGAAAGGACAUUUUGCUGUUAAGUAUGUUAUGGUUUGUGCUGGAGCGAGGAGCAAGAAACACUGUUGUGUUGCUUGAUACAACCACUGUGCUGGGUGAACCAGGAUGGAAGACCUAUCCAUUAAAUGGGCUUUAUUUCAGAGAAAACUCGUAGCCAGGAGAGGCAUAGACUUACAGCCACAGUUAAACACAGGUCAUAGAAUGAGCUACAUUUGCUGAUCUAUUAUUUGUUUUGUGGAGAGAGAUUUUUAUUUACCAUCAACUUGCCCAAGCUGAACUUCAAGUUAUCAUCCUGCUGAUUCAGCUUCCCCAGCUGCUUGGAUUGAAGGAAUGCACCAACAUGAGCCAUGAACUGCAGCCCACCCGUGCCCACUUGUCUUGGAGCCAACUGAGUGUGGAUUGAAACCUCCAAAAAAUGGAUUGAACUCACAACUUUGUGCUUUCCAGGAAGGCACUUAUGCUGCUGAGCUAAAUCCCUGGCCAGAAGAAACUUGAAUGUACUCACCAAGAAAAAUGUUGGACUUCCAGGAGAACAUGGUGGAUAGAAAGCAGCAGCUUUGGAGGCUCUCUGAGAAACCACACUUAAAAUCCAGGAAUGGUGCUGGGUGAGAAAUCCUAAUCAAGGGGAGAUAUACUUUGCCAACCCAGGAACGAACUAAACUAAGUUCCAACUGGAAACACAAUCCCGGUGAUAUAACAGGAACAGAUAAGGUCUCAGCAUGGAAGCUGGACCCUGUGCCACUGGAAGCUGUGAUUUGAAUUUCAUGCAGCCACUGCUGUGUCCCAAUUGGUGCAUCAAGGAGAGAGGCAUGAAAGCUCUGAGAGUGGGAAGCAGUGAAAGGAGUUGAGAGCAGGAUUUGCCGGGAGCCCUGCAUCGAUCUGUGGUGAGUGAGAGGAACAGGGACCCUUCCAUAGAGUAGGAGGCUUCAGCAAAGGACAUACUGGGACUGGGCAGACUAACUGGAACAGGUUGUUGCAGUGAGUUCAGUCACAUAUUCCCCUCUCAAGCGGGAUUGGUGGGGAGUGCCUGGUCUGUAUGAUGCCGCUGACUAAGACCCGGUAGUCUAGCCCAAAGCAGGUCCCAGUACUGCAAGGUGCACCCUAGCAGUGAUGCCUUCAGUAGGUUGACCUGGAGGGGAGGGCCCAGCAUAGGCUGCCCAGGUCUCUAUCUCCCUAGUGCACUGCACUGGGCAGGAACAUCUAGCUGGUGCAAUUCAAACACACUUUUUUUUAAAUCAGUAUUGGGGAUCGAAUUCAUGACCUCCUGAUUACAAGGCAGGUGCUUAUGCCGCUGAGCUAAAUCCCCAGCCCAACUGUAACUCACAAAGAAAGAAACUGGACCUCCUGUAUUCACUUGUAUAAAAGGAACAAAAAAUAUGGGAAGAGGGAGCAACAAGAAAGGGUCCUCGGCCCCCAAUCUUGAGAAACAUGCAAUAUCAGACACGGCACCAGUAGACAUAAAGCGCUAUCUCCAGAGCCUUAUAGACGAGUUCAGGAAUGAAGUUAUUAACAACCUGAAGCAAGAUAUAAGUAAAAUAGAGAAAUGCUAAACACCACCCAAGAAAAGACAGAUGGUAGAAUGGAAGAACAGAAAAAAAGGGGAGAAUUGUUUGAUAGAGAAAAUAGAGAAAACAUAGAAUACGUGAAGCAGGUUCAAAGAGAUUACCAGGAAAAAAAAAAAAAAAAAACUCUCGAAAACUGGCAUAACAGCUUGAAAGAAACUAAGGAUAGAUUAUCUGAACUGGAGGGCAGAUUUGAAAUAUGGGAGCAUGAAAUGAAAAACUUCUUAAAAAUAACAACAACAACAAAAAAAACAAACAGCAACAAUGCAAAGGCUAGAAGAUGAUAAGAAGAUCUGUAACAUAAGAAUUAAGAACAUAAAAGAAGAAGUAGGGAAACAAACAAAUGGACUACAAAAGCUAGUCACAGAAAUAAUCCAAGAGAAUUUCCCUAAUUUAGCAAAUGGUAAAAAUACUCAGAUGUAUGAGGCAUACAGGACCCCAGCUACCUACAACCCAAACAGAGCUACACCCAGGCAUAUAAUAAUCAAAAUUCCAGAAAUCUAAUAUAAGAACAGAAUAUUAAAAGCCAUCAGACACAAGAAACAGAUCACUUACAAGAUAAUACCCAUCAGAGUUACAGCAGACUUCUCAGCACAAACCAUCAAAUCACGAAGAGUGUGCAGAGAAAUAAAUCAAGCUUUUACAGAUAAUGACCUCCAGCCAAGAUUGAGAUAAUCUGGACAAAUGUCCCUAGAAAUUGAUGGAAAAAUACGGUGCUUCCAGAAUAAAGAGUAACUAGGGGAAUUUGCAACCACCAAUUCAACUUUCCAGAGAAUACUGCAGGAUAUUCUAAAAAAGGAAAAUAUCAAGAUUCCAGAAAUAGUGGCCGAGAGGCCACAAUGAAUGGAGCAGAAAGCGAAAUGAAGAAGACAAACUGACAACAAACGACAGAAAAAGAGCUCAACAGAAAUGAGGCAGAGAAGAUCGGAUGGUAGGAAGAGCUAUUUUGCAGAAAACAAGACAUCAUAAUAGCUAGUGAUGAUUUAGUAUCAUCUUGUUUUGAAGUCCCAUCAAACUUAUAUUCUUCUGUCUCCAUCGGUCUUAAAAGUUUGUAUCUUACUGGAUUUUAUUAUAUAUGAUAAGAUAAGUAAAAACUUUUAUAUACAAGGAGAUUAUACAGAAACCAUUGUUCCUUUUCUGUUAAUUUAUUCUAAAGUCCCAGUAAUAAUGUCAUUUUCCUGAAUGGUUUUAUAGUGUCUUGAUAUGUUUGGUGCUACAGUAUACAAAGUUAUACUCAAAGAUUUCAAGGAAAGAGACACUAUGGUAACUAUUUUUAUGUCAAGAUAUCUUGUGGUGAAACACUAUUUUGCUUAUGGUUAUGUUUUGACCUGCACUGUUCUGUUGUUAUGCCCUCUCUUAUCUCAAUCCCCUUUUUAAAAAAUUAUUUACUUUUUCUUUUAUCUGUUUAAUUAAGGGACAACUAAAUAAAAAAUAGCAGUAUACAUUAUAGUAACCUACUUUGGUUUCCUAUUAACUUGAUUUGAAAUCCUGUAUUGCCCUCACCAUCUUUUGACUGAUUUUCCCGUAUUCUGCUUUGCUUGAUAUUACCGAUUUUAAAAGCAUAGGCAAAACUGUGAAGACAAUUAGAUUCAUUAUGAUGCCCAUUCCUGUUGACUAUUAUCUUCUUUUAAAGUCCUGUAAUGUCUCCAAUGCUUUGGUUUUACUCUUUACUGCUUUGUUCAAUUUUAUUAUAACUGGCAAUUUUUCUUAAAAUAGCAAGGGGCAGUAUGGUAACCAUUAUUGAUCACCUUGUAUUUUGUUUUUACAUUAUCUAUUAUGUCCUUCCUUUUGAUUUGAUGGACUGUGUUAUGAUAUGUCGCAUUUGGUUUUACUCUCUUCAAAAAAAGUAAUAAGAACUGUGGGAGUAAUAAUACCUAAAAUGUGUCAAAGAAAAGAAAAGAAAGUGCUCCAAAGGUUAUAACUGCAUAUAUGUUUAAAUGUAUAAGAUAGAUAACCAUAUUACUGAGUUUUUUUUGAUCAUUGAACAAAACUGUUUGCACUCUCACUGUUUGAAAGUCCACUUUAUAAGUUUCAAUUUUGUAACUUGAACAACUAUUUCUAAGAUGAGAACAUGUAAUCUAUUAACUAGUGAUUUUUUAAUGUUUAUUUUUUAAAUUUCGUAUUACUUGUACCCUUUUUCUGUUUUUUCUCCUUAAAUAAAAAAAAGAAAAAAAAAACAAUUGUUUGAAAUUAUGAGCAUUAUACCACAUGCAAUUCACACCAACAUAAUUUAAAAAAUGUGAACACUAUGUAUGAAACAUAUAAAGAGAACAAAGUACAUCAUUUAGUGUGUCCUUUUCAACAAUGUCCAGUCACUAUCAAAGAAGUAUAAUAAUUACAUGAGCAAUGGUGCUUCUUUCUCUGCACACAGAGGAAAAAUUCUUAUACAAGAUCAGGGAUAUAGCUGAGCAGCACAGUGCUUACCUGGCAAUGUGGCAUUGUGAGUUUGAUUCCCAGUUUAAAACAAAUUGCUUGUACAUGUGAAUGCCCUACUUCAGAGAUCAAUUUGUGUUUUUAACAGGCAACUCCUUUUCAAGUUGUCCUUUAUUGUAUUAUUUCACCUUCUUUUAUUUAAAUUCCUAACAUAACAUCCAACUUUUAUCAUCAUAAGAUAUAGAACCUAAUAUAUUCAACAGUUUAUUCAUUUAUUGCAUGACCCUAGAUGUAAGACAGUAGUUUACACAUGCGUGGAAAGCUCCUAGUAAUUAUUUUCAUCAUAGCCAUAGUAAUAUGUAUUUUAAAAUUUAGUGAUGUUAAACUUUUAAAAAAAUUGUCAUGUGAUUUUUAAACAUCCUAGAAGGACUUAGAAUUCUGAGGGUGUAUUCAUUGAUUCUGGAAUUCAACAUCAUUACAAUGAAACUCAAUGUGGAGGACACUAUUUGUCUACUUGAGGCCUCAUAUUAAACUUGCAUUUUAUAUAUCAUAGUUAGAUGUCCCUAGCAUUUCCUAUGACUCAGUUAAAAUAUCCAACAGUGUCACUAUAAUGGAUUCAAGACUUAUGAAAACUAAACCUAGGUGGAGAGCAGAAAGAAGGCUGCGUGCAGUGUCCCAACCUCAAUUCUGGCCCUUUGAGAAGAUAAGGAUUCAGCAUGUAAAUUUUCUGUAAUAGACCUUUCCAUCUCAAGGGAUGAAUGCUAAUCUCUUGUGGCUUACUAAUUUUUCCAAAGUAAAUACUCACCUUUGCUUGCCUGAUGCCUAGAACUCUGUCACAUUCUCAGUGUUUGAAGACAUUGAGGUUAUUAGGAAAGACAUGUAUGGGUGUGGCUUCAUGUUGCUAGGAAACAUGACCCAUGAGAUUACAUCUGGUGCAUGGACUCUGACUCUCAGGCUCUCUCUCUCUCUCCUGAAGAAUCUCCACUCAAAGGUUGAAGAUUUGAUUCUGAGAACAUGAGCAACCUGAAGCCAAUAUCAUAAGGCAAUGGCAAGUACCUAUGCCCAUGCACAAAAAACUAAGAGACUUGUUUCCCCCUUAUUAUUCCAACCAGGUCAUAUUGGUUGUUGUCAAGCACAUGCAAAGUGAGUCAUUUGCCAUGUGCUAUAGAUCAGUAAUUCACAAAGAAGUGCAGAGCAUUAAAAAUGGACUGGGACAUUCAUACUAUCAUGAGACACACUACAAUAAUCAUUACAAAAUAUUGAUCUUUAUUUUGAUAAGAAUUCCCUUCACAGAUAUUCUUCAUACUAGUAAUUAUUUUCUGAUCCUCUUAAAUCUUUGCAGGAGAUAAGAAACAUUUUACCAGUAAAGCCCUAUAACCACUAGAAUCCCUUCCUCAGAAAGAAAAGAUUCCCAAAUUAUCUUUACAUUAGACACAAUCAUUCCAAUAUUCUGCAGUCUGUCCUACUCAAGAGUACUAUGUCACCCUCAUGUAUUUAAAGCAGUAAUUCAUAUCAUGAAAAAUCAAAUAUGCGCUAAUCUUAUUUUAUGUGGAAUAAUUAAUCACAAAAUACACAAUGUGCUUUGCCUAUUUUUCCUGUGCAUUUUCAACUCCCCCAUUCUACUUGAGUGAAGGCCCCAGGAGCUGAAUCUAGUGAUUUUCAUGCUCUAGUCACCUUAUUGAACUAUUUCUAUAUGCUCACACAAAUAUAGUUAUGUAGUUUGUACUCUAAUAAAGUCCUAGAUACCUUAGCAACUCCUCUCCUUUAAAGAGGUGAAACUCCUGAAAAUACAAAUCCUUCUGAUGAUAAAUCACACCACUCAGUUGAAAUUAUAAACCUUAAGCUGUGUUACAGAGAUGACAUUAAAAGGUAUAUUAGAGAAACACUUGUAGUGUCUAAUUAUAAGCUUAAUGCUAACCUCUCAGCUCAGUUUCCACUAAUUUAAAAUUUCCAUUUUAUCCUCUUGUUUGGAGGAUAUAGGUCAAGCAGUAUGACCAUAUGGGGCCAAAUCAAUACAACAAUAAUAAAAAAUCCAUGGAAACAUAGACACAAAAUACCCAGAGUAGUGUUCACAUUUCCAAACAGGAUUGCACUGCUCUCCUGAUAGAGCUGCUCAAGAGAAACAGGUGAAUACAGCUAUCUAAAAUGGAAACAACUGGGUAAGUGAGGCUCCUGUACUACAGGAGACAAUUUGAAGACUGGAAGGAAUAACACAAAAGAGAUAUUUGAGUAUCAUAAGGAAAAUGACUUGAUUAAACUAAAACUAAGGGCCAACAAAAUGAAUUGAAUAUGCACAAAAAACAAACCUGUUAUUGCAAGCACUAUAAUUAAGCAUUAGAUUUUUUUCAAGCUGCUGAAUACAAAUGCUGUAUUUGAUCUGUAUUUCAGAUAUAACAGAAAGAGAAAUUCAUAAUACAACACUAAAUAUCACAUGUACCUCACUGAAUGCAGCACACUGUGAAUCACUGUUUGUUCACCCAUGGUGUCCUUUUUCAAAAACAAGAGACUGGUCUCUGUAUCCUCCAACAUGAGCAUAUAAACUUCACAUUGAGCCAUGUAUCACUAGUACAAACUAUGUGUCAACUUAAAAAUUCUAUAUAAGUUUAUACUCAAACAUUUUCUCUUCAUUAUCCAAGGGCCCAAUGGACUUUAGAAAAGAUAAUUUGAGAUGGACAUAAACUUUCCAUAUGCAUCUAAUAUUGAAAAAGUUAUUCAGGGUGGCCUUGAUUUUUAGCACUCCUAACUUUCCCAGGAGGCUGGCAUUAAAUUUGUGUAUCACCAAGACUCAGUGUUGUUUAUGUUCCCCCAACAAUGAAUUCUUGGUGAAAUUGGGUGACAUGAAAAUAAAACACUGAUGCAGGCAUGGCAGUGCAUUCCUGAGUCCCUAGCAUUACAAUGGAUGAUGCAUGAGGCUGUGCGCAUUAAGGACUGUGUGAACUGAAGAAGGAGGCCCAAUUCCCUCCAGCAAAGCAGAGGCACAACCAUCACCAUCAAAGAAGAAUAUUUCUGUCAUCCCCUCACUGGCAGUUGAGCUAGUUAGAAACAUUACAUCCAUCAGAAAUGGCUAGGCUCUGGAAGGGCCUCCACAGAGGACCAAAUAUCUGGUGGCUUUGGAAGAGACACACACCACAUGCUGUGGACCAGAUCUCAAGAUAGAUGACAAAGAAAUACAACCACACCCUUAAGGAUAAUCCUUAGGGAUUAGGUAUGGAUCACCUUGAGAAGAUAGGAGUUACCAUUCUAACCAGCUACAGAAAAAGUCACUGAUCCAUAAAGAAUGCUAGCUUGCUAUGUGACUCAAUUCCCCAUUUGUCUCUGAUUUAGUCAAUUUUUCCUGAGGAAGUAAACUGAAUGUUUGACCAUAGCUCUUGCCCACCUCUUGCUUGCUUGUCUUGUGAGUUAUUGAUUUGUCUUUAGACUUGCCUCAUCUCAUUGUUUUGCAUUAUAAAAAUUCCUAGAAAAUGAGAGUCUUUGGCAAUCCAUAUGGGACCCCUUCUGUCUCUCUCACAGGAGCAUUCUUUCACUCAAUAAAUAGUUCUUCUCUUAAUCUUGGUUGUACCUAAAAUUCAUUCAUAAGUUUAAAACAACAUGAAUUUCUGCUGCACAUAUAGAGGGUAGACAAUUUCAUUCCCCUAUAUCAAACUCAGCAGUCAAAGUGCUGGCAAAGACUCAACUCUUCUUGCAACCAUGUGCAAAGAAGUAAGACCUCAUCUCUAAAUGCCAAAAGGUUUUUAUUAACUAAAUCUUUUUUCAAAAUUUGGAGGAUGUUAAUAAGGACCAGAUUUCUAAGGUCAGUCACUGGACAAUAAGAAACAACAAAUGUAUCUUGAAAUCUUUGGUGUCCAAAAGAAACUCCUUCCCAUGUUAUUUUAGAUGUGAUGUCCAACAUAUUUCCAAACCUUCAACACUGGGGUCCUAACUACCUAUCUUACCUCAGAGAUGAUUAGGAGAGCUGAUCAAUAGACAUAGAAAAAGAUUUUAUCCAUGACUAAGUUUCCCUCCUUUCUAUAGGCCUGUGAGCUUUUUCCUACUCUCAGAUCUACCAAGCAGACAAUCCUUCAGUGCUGUCACAAUAGGUCAAACUCACCUCAGAAGUGCUUUACUGAGCUGGCUGCUGAUUGGGCCUUCCUCCACAUGCCCCUGCUCUCCCAUUUCCUUUCCAUCAUAUUGGCACAUGUUAUUAAAACUUUUGUAAUUAUUCUUUAAUACUCAUGCAGAUCCUGACCAUGUGAAGAUACCUCUGCUUAAGUAAAACAGUCCAUCUCAUCAUUUAAAUUUCUUUUUGAGACAAGGACUCAUGAUGUAACUCGGGAUGCCUUGUCCUGGAACUCACUUCAUGUACCAUGCUUGUCUUAAACUUGCAAGGAUCCUCCUGUAUCAGCCUCUUGAGUGCUGGAUUUAAGUGCAUGUGCACCCACACCCUACUCAGUGCUUCAAAUUUCAGGUCAAACUAAAGCACAACCCAAAUGUAACAAAUGUUUGCAGUUUUGAAACCUACUUCCAUUUCCACUUUCAUAUUUAUCAGAUCUCUACAUCCCUGUAGACACCAAUUUGCUGUUUUUCUCAGUGUGGGAUUAGCAGGCAGCACCUACAGGAAGUUGUUCUCAGCAAGAAAUUUCCACUCAGGAGCUAGUGCAUCACCAUUCCCCAAAUACCUCACAACAUUCUAAACUUUAAGAAAACACUUGCUUCAGUAGUUCAAUUGUAAAAAAGUUAUUUAUCUACUUAGCUUAUAAAUAAGGCACUUGCUAAGGAAAUGGCCUGAGGUAAAGUUGCAAAAGUAGUGGCUGGGAUAAGAAUUAAAAUCAGAAUGGGCCAUGACCUAGGACUUUGAGCUUCACAAUAAAUUGCAGAUUCUAGUCUACCAGAGUGGCUUGCAGGUGCUAAUUACUAAACUCCUGAGGUAAGAGAAAUGUAAAAACAAACAUCCAGUUUAUCUCUAAAACCUGUUUCCUGUAGACCCCACAGGCUGAAGAAAAGAGUUGGAGAACCUCAGCUCAAAGUAUUUCUUUUUCUGGGUGCAGUGACUCAGGGUUGUAAACUCCUCACCCUGGAGACUGAUGGAGGAGGAUGGCCUGGAGCUCAAGGGCAGGCCAGACUACAGAGAUACACUCUGUAUCCAAACAAUAAAUAAUAAAACAUAAAAGAAAAAAAAGGAAACAAAGACAGAGAUAUAUUUUAAAUCCAUAGAGCCAGGUGUAUCCUCAAGGCUGUCUACCCACAUAGGAAACAUUCCCGAAGUCAAGGAGCUUUCUCAUUUUUAUUUUGGUUUCAGAACUCAUAACACACAGUGUCAUGAGAUUAUGAGUUCUGUUCGUGCCAUAACAUCACUGCGAGUAGAAGUCUCACAUAAAGAAUUCAAAUGAUAGUGUUUUCUCAUUUUGAGGACAGACUUCAGGUUUGCCUCCAAAGCACUGCACUCCUUAAACACAGCUGUGCCUGAGGCUGUGCAAAAGACACUCUGUGUGUACAGGGGUUCUGCCCAAUACCAUCCAGACCUGCCAAAAUUCCAUCCCAUUCCCAGCUCCAGUAACAUCAAGUUACCACUGCUAUGCUUGAGGAUAUCCAAGGAUCCUUUCCAGUCCUCAGUAAGAAGAGGUCACAGAAACUUGAUGUGAGCUCAGUUCCAGGCACUCAGCACUGAACUCUCAGUGAGCACUUCUAUAAGAGGGCUGGGAUGAGCCCUCCUCCUUUCGCCCAGCUUUAUGAAUGAUUGGCUUCUGGGCCCAUCUCUCUUCUAUUAUGUCACCCUCACCUGCCAGGAUUCAUAGUUUACUCUUGGCUUUUUAUGGCUGUCCUUGGUUUCCUUAAAGGUUUAGUGCCCUCUCCUGAAUCUGGGUCCCAAAUGUAAACAGGUGAAUGUCUUGUGGAAGAACCAAUCCCUUGUGAACAAAAAAAAACUUAUUUGUAAAGCUUAGGCUGGGACAACUUGUCAUAGGUAGGGGCUGCUGUCAGGAAUAAGGCCAUAAGCUUUAUUGCCCAGAUGUUUCCAGGCUCUCUCUCAGUCUGCUCAUUUGCAUUAAACUAAUUUUUAGAUGUCUACCAAGAGAAGUCCAUUACAGCGUGAAUGAAGAAACUGCACAUUAACAGUAAGGGACUUCUGAGAAAAGGUAAAGAUAAAGGAAAAUCAAACAGUCGAACUGCUUCAGAAAAGCUUUACACUGUAUCCAGUGCCAUAAAUCAUACCUAAGUUUUGAAGAUAAUCCUAGCCAAGCAUAAGAUUCACUAUUACUGCUGAAAGAGAGUACCACACUUGAUCCACUAGAUCACUUCCUGGAAUUGAGUGUGGGAUAAAAAAAGCACUUUUGAUUGUGUUAUGGAUUAAGAACUGGUGGUCAACUUAAUGCCAGAUGGAUUACAUCAACAUGGCAUUGAGUGAAGAUGCUCCACCUGAGGAAAGUUGCUAGGAUAAAUAAGUGGAGAAGAAGCGGUGCUAAGGCAUUAGGGCAUUACUGCAAUGAGGUAUAAUGGGUUCUCCUAUGAGUUGCUGUUUGAACUGUUGGUUCUCCUGGAGAAGCUUUGGUCCUCACACCAAGCAUUGCUUCCUGGCUCCAGAGGGGAAGACAUGUGCUGCUUGGUCUCCAGGAUUAAAUCAUCAUGCUCCUUCCUAGCAUGUACCCAACUGUGCUUGUUUGGAGGAGCUCAGGGCUUCUGUGUCACUGGGAUGGCUGUGGUGCCUUCAAGGACAGCCCUGGUCUUUGUUGUGAGUGUGACUUCUUGGCUACAGUGCAGAACACUCAUCCCACCAGCACAGCUCCUUCAUUCUGCUGGCAUGGACUUUCUGGCUUCCACCACUGACCCUUGGGUUUUCCCGGCAUGGAUCCAUAAAAGAGACUGGGGUGAGUCCUUCUUGUGGGCUCUGGACCUCCAGUUGGACUCCUGGGAAGCAUUGUCCUGAGUUCUGUGUUUUUAUCUGGAUUCAUGUAGGACAUUGCUGUGGGAUUUAGGCCCUUGACUAAAUAUUCUACGCCUUUGGUGUUGUGGAUAUAUUUCCUCCUUUUUCCUGUGUUAACUCCUCAUGACCAUUAUAAAUAUAAUAUUAUAAACUCCAUGUCCUGAUUCUAAUUGUUUUCAAUUUACAACCCCUAACUACAACAGACUGUAAGUGAAAACAUUUUUGGCAAGUAUGUAUAUAUUUUACUCUAGAAUCAUUAUAUUUUUCAUUAACCUGUUGCAUAAUUGUUGACUUGACUUCAUGUGCAAGAUUGCUUUUAGUCAAUCUAUAUACUUUAGAUCUAAAAUAUAGAAAGUAUAAAAGAAAACCUAAUGAAGCUGAAGUAGGAAUUUGCAGGUAGGAAAUAGUACCUGAGUUGGGAUCAUAGAGCCUGGCACAAGUUCCAGGGAAAGGUUUUUUUUGUCUCUUUAAUCAAUGCUGCCAGGAACAUAGGCCCUCAGUUAUGCAGCCACUACCUUUUCACAGGUAGCAGUCUGACUGUCAUUUCUCUUCCUUCUUCCAAACUAAGUGUUUUUAUUUUCCAUUUCAAUCUUGCUGUCUUUAAGCCCUUAUUUUUAUGACUGUCACCGUCCCUUAUUUACUAUAGUGCAGUAGUAGGGUGUGCACACCAUCCUGUGGCUAGGUAAGAUAGAAAACCAUUUCUCUUUUCCAUGGAUUCCACUUAUUUAUUGAACAGUAAAAAAUUAUUUUCUUUUCUUGUUUACUUUUUAGUAAAAAAAGGAAAAUAUCUCUCCUAAGUUUCUGUUUUUGUCCACAACUACAUUCCUUGUUAUUGUGUUUCCCUGAGCUCAGUUUGUACCAAAUUAACAGGUCCAAUAACUUUCUCCAUAAUGAUUACUGGUUGGCUGUUGAUAAUAGCCUUUCUAUCCACCUAAUAACAAUGCCUCUUGAAUAACAGACUUUUCAUAAGUGUGCUGAUGCAGUUUUAUUUACCAAUCAUGUAUGUAACUAGAUCUAUUGUAAUGGGUUUACCUGACAUCAAUUGCAUAAAAUUCUGUUUCUAACCAUCAAGCUUCUGAUGUAUUUGAGGCCCUAAUUCACUCCUUAGAAAAAACUGGAAACCUUACACUAUCAAGUUCCAUAUGAAAUUCCUGCAGAUGUCUGUGACAGCCUUCACAGGGCACAGGUACUUUAUUGGUCUUAAUAUUAAAUAAAUGUUAUUCAUGAA